AAAUAAUUUGAUCUAAUGUCAUGUCUCGUCGGAAGAAGCGGAACAGUGCUAGCAAGUACAUGGUACAGUCGGAUGAACCACCACCCUGCCCUCAUGCUGAGAAAUCCAUAACUCCUAACAAGGUGAAGAACAAUUUCCCCCACGCAGUAUUCGGACGAUGUAGCGAAUGUUCGAUUAAAGAAAAGAUCUACUUAUGUUUGAAAUGUGGCAAACAGUUCUGUACGACACACGGUGACAAGCACUUCGAUCUCAACAACCACUCGCUAAACUUCGAGCUAGAUACGGCUGUGGUGAGGUGCAGUAAAUGUGCACGUGACCUUACCCUGCAGUCUCACUCGUCCAUACUGCGGGUUUCCAACCUUAUUGGGGACUUUUCUGAAGAAACAAAACGCCACAGCCGGUGUUGUUUCACCUAAAAAAGAACCAGUGGUAGUUGAACAAAAACACACAAAUGGAACAGUGGAUUCUACGAAGGAUACUACAAGGGAGGCGGUACCCGAAGUCACCUUAACGGAACACCAUGUUAUAGGACUAAAAAAUACGGGCGUUAUCUGUUUCUUUAAUUCUGUGCUGCAGAACCUGGUGCAAACACCCAUGUUGCGAGCUUGCAUGAACUACACCAGUGAUAAUUACAAAGAUACAUUGGUCAGUAAAACGUAUGGCACAGUACACAUUAACGUUGCCAGUGGCACUGCUUCCAGCAUGGUUACCAAGUACAAGUCCCUCUUGAAACUCCUGGAUUUCAAGGAAAGGGGCAGUAAAGCCAUCCACGCUUAUCAGGUGUUUCAAGAGAUGUGUUCAUAUAACGGGUGUCUCUCUGACGGACAGCAAGAUGCCCAAGAGGCAUUUCACGCUAUUGUACACUCUAUGAGCAGUGAAGAAUCAAAACGCAGAAAAAAUGCAGUUUUGCAAACAUUCGGAAUCAUCCGUGCCACGUAUAAAGACUUGCCAAAAGAAAAGAGGAAAAAGAUAACAGAGUUUGCGAAUUUGGCAAGAAGUGGAUCUUUUAUUGACAGCCUAUUCGGUGGCACGACCAUCAACCAAAUAACUUGCCUAACUUGUUCCAGAGUAACGAAAACUCUGGACCAUUUUGUUGAUUUAUCAGUUCCUUUACCAAAGAAGGGAGAAACCAAGUCUCGUUCUAAACAGAAGAGCUCUGGAGACGAUGGCCUCAGCAAGCAUCAAAAGAAGAAACAGCAAAAAGAGAACCGGAAGAAGGGAAAGAAAGGAAGAGAUAGAAAAGACAGCUCAUGUCCAGCCCAACCUGAUUCCCCGCUUGAUUUGUCGAAUGGAAGUGCCGAUCCCAUGUCUCCGAAUUCCUCCGUGAGUUGUCCGCCCAGUCCGCAGAUCAAUCCAAUCCAAUCACCGGAGCCCACUGAGCUAUCUAAUAACGUGAACGUAGCAAAUGAAAAGCCACUGCAGGGAGCAGACAAUUUCCCCUCGCCAAGGGUUUGGAGCGAGGACAUCUGCACAGUGAUGAACGGUGUAGACUCAGAUACUGACUGCAAUGCAGCCACUGUGGAGUCGGAAACAAUAGCUGUCGAAGAGGUACAUAUUGAGUUUGAUGACGACGAUGUGGCCGAUAUUUGUUUGGAAUUACCUCCAGAAAAUGGAGCUGAUAAAGUAGAAAGUGGUGCAGGUGAUACAGAAGGGAAACUCAGAGGGGGUUACAGUGCUUCGUGUGGCAGUGAGGAUGAAAAUGACGGAAUGUUAUUUUCGCUGUUCAACGAGGACAAUGAAGAAUCCAGUAACGGGACAAAAUCGUCCGUCGAAAACCUGGCCACCCAGAUGGGUGACCUAGACAUGGGUAAUGAUACACUAGAUAUAGAUGAGGCAGAUUUUGGUACUGAUACUCUUGAUGCGUGUCUGGCUCAGUUCUGUCGAGAGGAGCUGCUCACCGGUGACAAUCAGUUUAGUUGCGCUAACUGUGCUCGCCAUUGUAUUGAUAAUAAUUCCCUCAAUAUUUCCUGUGCUCGUUCCAAUGACUCUUCUAUGUCGGAUGACGAAAAUUCGGAUGAUUCGGAUUCCGAAGAAAAAAUCAAGCCAGUGUUGAGAGAUGCUAAAUGUCGCUACUUUCUGAACACUUUGCCACCGAUCUUGGUGAUCCACCUGAAGCGUUUUACUCAAGACCACAAAGGGUUCUUGAUUAAAGACCGUCGCCACAUCAACUAUCCCCUUGUGUUGGAUCUGGAUAAGUUCAUCAUCAGUGGAUCAGGGAACAAAUACAAGCUGUUUGGGGUUGUCGACCAUUCUGGAACCCUACACAGAGGCCAUUACACCGCUUAUGUUCGAAAAAGAGACACUAGCAUGGACGAGAGCUUUAAAGAUAAGUCAGUUCCACUGCCGGAACUUAUAAAUCUUCUGGGUACGCUGAACGCUGAGAAAGAGAACGAUUAUGAUAAAUGGUAUUUCUGUAAUGACGAGAGAAUUUCAGAAACAACUGUAAAAAGAGUUUUGAAUGCUGAUGCUUAUUUGUUGUUUUAUGAACGCUGUUUGCCAUAUUCAUGAUACAAUAUGAUAAAACCUGUUAUCUUAAGAUGAUUAUUAUAUCAAGCAAUUUCUUGUAAAUUUGACAUCGUUAAAAGGUGGUUGGAGAUUGCAAAUUUAUGUUUGGGUUGACUCGUACCAUAUAGUAUGAUAUGAACUAUAGUCUGUCAUUAUAUAUAGUCUGUCAUUGUAAUGUGGGUUUUUAUUAAAUGUAAUUUCAAUGGGUUUCGAUCGAUUUUUAGAGAACCACUAUAUAAAAGACUACAUUUUGUAAAUGUAUUUUAUCAUUUUCAUGAGA